AUGGAUGAUGCAUCGGAGCCUGCGGAAAGUGCCAUGCAGGAGCAUCAUUUCGUCAAAGCAGACGAAGUCGACCAGACUGGAACGGAUAUCAGUACCGUUUCUGAUGACCAGUUGAUGGAGGAGGUAGCUGAGGGAUUACGUCAGGAGCAGUCACAGCAGAACGUAUCUACUGCGCCUAAUGAAGCACCAGUAGAGAUUCACAGAGCACCAAAACGCCCGGAGCUGCGUCGGGAUGCUGCUGCCCCACCACCCCCUCUACAGCCACCGCCUCCAGCACCGGUUCAGCAGAAUGUGGAAAGACCAUCUGAUUCAUUGAGUCUCGCUCAGCUAAAGCAGCUGGUUCAGGAGAUGCCUAAAGUUGAGCAGCCUGCGUAUGCUUUCGAGUAUGCCGACUCCCAACCAUUCGCCGAGGAAGUCGAGGAAUGGUUCCAGUACAGCGAGUUCGACAGAGUCAUGCUCAUUGGCAUGAAGUCAUCAUUUGAGCAUAGAUGGGAUUAUUUCUGCGAAGACCAGUCUAUGGAUAAUGUCCCGCAGUCCUGGAUUACCGCUUCUUAUGAAUUACGAAAGACCUUUAUGAACCAGCUUAUUAAUAACUUAGGUGACCGUGCGGUUCUUGUCCGAAUUGAGGCCUUGGAGGCCAUAUGCUAUGCUUUGACUGGUGUCUGGGGCCUGACGGCCGGUCGAGUUGUGGAUGAGCUCCCGGAGGGCCGUCCUCAGCCAGGUGCAGAGGCUCCCGAGAGCCGGUCACUUCAGAUCAAAUCGAUUGAACAGAAUGUUUCCCUGCUCCAAGAAUGCUCGGGUUUCCAGCCACUGAUGAACUGCCUGUGCUGUGUCUUUGAGAGGCAUCGCAGUUCAACCGCACUGGACGCGGACAGUGCUGGGCAAGAAGGCGCCAACCCUGCAUAUGUUGCUGCUUUGGAGAGAGAAGCAAACCUGGUGUUGACGGCUUUCUAUUUGUCUGUGGAGGUUGGCCGCACGCAAGAUGCUCUUGAUCCCCAGAAUGCCCCUCUAAGAGAGACUCUUAUGAGUCUGGAGCCAAAUUUACUUGUGUUUCUGGUGGAGAUCAUUGCGCGGUUGCGUUGGGACGACUCUGCCAAUGUUCCGCUGACCAGAGUCAUUCUUCUGUUUUGGAAGUCUUUGCUUCUUUUCUUCGGAGGCAGUAACAAAUUGAAGGAGGCCAAGGAAGCACUAGAGCCGUCCCUCGAAGCAAGGAAAAACACCUCCAAUAGAAGGACACCUUUCCUCACUGCCUCACCUCUGGAUUACCACACUUUUCGACAGGAGAUCACGUCCAAGUAUCCUGCAUAUAACCCGCCACCUCCCGUGGUCCCCCUAGAGCUAGAAAAUAAUUCGAUUCUUCCACCGCUCCCGCAACAUCCCAGCAGGAUGAGCUCUUCUGCGGGCCCCUUCUCUGGGGUUGGCCCUUCCGUGGCGGGUGGUGGUAGUGGUUCAAUCAUCCAUCACCCGGUUCACAUCGCUACCCCAGCACCCUCUCCCCCACCGUCACCCAUUGGACCAGGCGGAAAAGCGGGAAAGAAGCAAAACUACCAGACAAACCAAAACUUUCCUUUCAUGUACCCUCCUCUAGACGAUUCGAGUAACGACCUUGGAGGCAAGGGCACUACAGAGCUGCAAGAUAAUCUUGUGGGGAAGAAGUGGCAGGGUAGUGAUGUUCCGGCAUCCAUCAUCGAGGCUGGGAGGCUGUUCUCAACACAUGUCAAGAUGACAAGGGCAAUGCGACAACUGUGGGAAGAGCGAGAGCGUUUUAUGAAAUACGACCGCGGCUGGUAUCCUGAUGAAAGCCAGCCUCUUUUGAACGAGAACGCCGUUGGUGGACUGGCAGAUGAGCUGCAAGAUUUGAAUGUCUCCGAGAAGAGACCGAGUACUGACAGCUCACCGGAGGAGGAAACGGACAAUGCGGACAUCCAGCGACGCCUGGAUGCCGUUGAAUCGUUCUAUAGACAAGCACUAGUGCAUCUACAGUCUAUAACGAUUGUCUUUCUGAAGAUAAUUCUGACGAACGUCAGCGCCAUGGUGAGCCAGGCCAACGGACAAGCUGCGCAGGCCAUGGGUGAUGGUUAUGGAUCGGUGAUCAAUGGGUUCCCAGCCAAUCAUGCCAACGGGCACAUUGAUCUCAAUUCCGAGGCUGCCAUCGACGAGCUCGACAAUAUCCGGCUCCGGGAAAUCACCGGCAAAGCGAUUUCUGGCUCUCUGCUACUGCUUGUCAAGUGGUUCAAGAGAUCUCAUAUUCUGAAAUUCGAGUAUAUAACGCAGUUGCUACUCGACUCCAACUACCUGCCUUUGAUUUUGAAGAUGUUUGCCCACCAAGAUGUGGACCAGGCAGUAGCGCAGAAGAACGAUCGCGAGGAAUUGGGAUUUUUCCGAUUCUGCCAUCUACACUCGAACCAGCCGCCGGAAUCGACAACCGACCUGGACGAAGACUCCUCGCCUAGUGACGACGAGGCUCCGAUUACCGUGUUCUCAUUCCGCAACUUCUUUUCGGCGAUCAAUUACCUCCACAUCAUGCAGAAGAUCACUCGCGACAAAGCCCAUCGAUGCCUUCUCCUGGUGCAAUACAAGUCGAGCACUAUCCUUCGCAAGGGGCUUAAGAUUCCCGACCCCCACCUACGGUUCUAUACCCUCAAGCUCUUCAAAUCGCAGGUGCCAUACUGUGGACGCAAAUGGCGCCAGAGUAACAUGCGGGUGAUCACGGCGAUCUAUCUGUACUGCCGACCGGAGCUCCGCGACGACUGGCUAUCUGGCGGAGACAUUGACUCGGAGGUGGAAGAAGCGCUGCCACUGGAACAGGCACUGCGCGGACUGACGCACUGGUGGCACCUGCGCCGGUACAAGGACGUGAUGGGAGGCGAAGAAGGCGCAUCCAUGAUGGAAGAAGAGCGAGAUUUCUUCGUGCGGGAGCUCGAGGCAAUGGGAUGGGGCAUGGCAGGCGAGGAAUCCUUCGGAGGCAGCGAGGACGCUGAAAUGGGCGGGCCUUUGAUGAACGGGACGGGGACCGAAUGGGACGGAGCUCCACUGCAAAUGGAAGGAUGGUAA